AUGCCUUUUUGGAGAAGACUACGCGACGAGCGCCGUCGCCGGAAAUCAGACGCCAGCGAGGGAUCGCUUAGCAGCUCAGACCCUCGCAACGAUCCUGGAGACCUUCGUGCGCAGUUAGAGCAAGCUCACAUUGAAUUCGAGGAGCCUCAAACACAGCUGUCCGAGCCUCCGCCAGAGACUGAAGCUGGAAAGGCUCAGCUUCUAGAGAGCCAUUCCGCCACUGAUCUCAUCAACCCACCGACUGGUAUCUCCGACGAAGUCCCAGCCCGGCCUAUCCAGGGACUUCUUGCUCCACCAAACGGUCAGCACAAUCAAGUUCAUCAUAGCGCGUCUACUGGAGCUCUUCCACGACAAGGUCCAUACACGGAGGAAUACGCCCGUACUGUGGCUGCCUCAGCCGACACAAUCAAUUACGAUCACGUCAAUCUGUGGAUACAGUAUUGUGAGCAGCACCAUGGAGCCAAGUGCAGUCGCCGAGAAUUGGACUCCCUAUGCACCAAUGAAGUUGACAUUAUUCUCAUCGACGUGAGGCGUAAAUGUCUCGUAAGAUCCACUACUGCCUCCAGAUAUUUUGCUCCCAGUUACGUCUGGGGCUCCGUCUCCCAGCUCCAAGCCACAACAUCGAACUUUGAGAGUCUCACGGUGCACCAGGCCCUUCAACAUCACAGCCGGGCUAUACCUAAGGUCAUCAAAGAUGCUAUGGAAGCAAUGUAUUCACUUGGAGAGACUUAUCUCUGGGUUGAUUCCUUAUGCAUCCUGCAAGAUGAUGUGUCGGUAAAACAUCAUCAAAUCGCGAAUAUGGCCGCCAUCUACAGCGGUGCCGUUCUCACAAUCGCUACAGUUGCUGCUCGCAACGCCAAUUCCAGUCUUCCAGAGCUGUGGUGCAAGGAGCCGCCCCUAGAGACAGGGAUUCUUUCGAGACUCACUUUGAACUCUAACGAUCUCGACUCGGGACUGAGUCUCUUGGCCCGCGCUCCGGGAUGGGUAGAGAACAUCCGAAAGAAGGAAUGGAAUCAAGCCUUUGCCUUCUACGUUGAAAUCAUCCACGAGUACUCCUGGAAGAGAUUGUCGUACUCGUACGAUGUGAUGAACGCAUUCUCCGGGAUCCUAAGCGCGCUGGAGGAAUGCUUCGGUUGGAGUUUCCCUCACGGUCUGCCAGAGGCUCUGUUCGACUACGCUUUGAUGUGGGUGCCAGCAGAUGUCGUUGAACGCCGCCCUCAUGCGCCCCCUGGGCCCAACAGACACUUCCCCAGCUGGUCAUGGUGUGGCUGA